UUUAUGUUCAUCUUUGCGCGUAACUCACGAUUCCCUGAAAGAAAAGAAAGAAACGCAGAAGAAUAAGAAAAACGCUGAAUAGAAGACGAAACAGAGAAUUUCUGGUUUGAGUUUUUCGUGAUUAAAUGAUAUUUGGGAAAAACCCAUUUUACACAUCGGGCGACUCAGGAGAAAAUUUCGAUUCCCAGGAAAUGAACACUCCUGUCGCUGGUAAAAAAGGUAGAGCUUUAGAUUCCAAUGAAUAUACAACCGGUUUGCCAAGCGUCAUGAAGGAUUCCGGUAAACCAGAGUCGAAGUUUGCAACGCGUAGGGCUCAUUUUGAUGAAAAUAUUAGUCCCUCUUUCCACGUUGACCCUAAAAAAAAGAAAAGACCAAUGCUGAGUAUGAGCGCGCUAUCCAAGCUAUGGUGGCCAAGGCUAUUGCUGACGAAUCUUCUGGACAGCAAUUCCCUAUUUAUAAAGGUUUAGAAAACUAUACCUUGUUAUCGAAAACAGGAGAUGGUGCAUUUAGCAACGUCUAUAAAGCCAUUCACAAUACCACCGGCGAAAAAGUAGCCGUCAAAGUCGUUCAAAGGGCUCAUCCAAUUGAUCCUAAUAAUCCGGGCCGUCGUCAAGGCGUCGAAUCUCAUAACAUUUUAAAAGAAAUCCAGCUGAUGCGUCGAGUUCGACAUCCAAACAUCAUUCAACUUUUGGAUUUUUUUCAGACUCCCGAGUACUUUUUCCUUAUACUUGAAUUAGCUGAAGGAGGUGAACUUUUUCAUCAAAUUGUUCGUUUAACGUACUUUUCAGAAGAGUUGGCCCGUCAUGUUAUCAUACAGACUGCGCAUGCUAUCCGCUAUCUUCAUGAAGACUGUGGUAUGGUACAUCGCGAUAUUAAGCCGGAGAACUUGCUUUUCGACCCCAUUGAUUUUAUCCCUUCAAAAGUAAGAAAGUUCCGUGCUGGUGAUGAUCCUGAUAAGGCAGAUGAGGGUGAAUUUCGCCCCGGAGUUGGUGGUGGAACUAUUGGUCGAAUCCGUUUAGCUGAUUUCGGGCUCAGUAAGGUUAUCUGGGAUUCUCAAACCCAGACCCCCUGCGGUACAAUGGGAUAUACUGCUCCUGAAAUUGUUCGUGAUGGAAAGUAUUCCAAAGGCGUGGAUAUGUGGGCGUUAGGCUGUGUUCUAUACACUAUUCUUUGUGGAUUCCCACCUUUUUACGAUGAAAGCAUUUCUUCUCUUACUAACAAAGUUGCCCAUGGUGAAUACACCUUUUUGUCUCCAUGGUGGGAUGAUAUUUCGAAGAGUGCCAAGGACUUGGUUAGUCAUCUGUUAACUGUAAAUCCGGAUACCCGCUAUGAUAUUCAUCAGUUUUUAGCACAUCCUUGGAUUACUCAAUCAGAAGAGCCCACGUUCCCUGCCAGUGAUGCUCCUCCUAUGAAUAAUGAAAGUCCAUUUGCUUACGAUGUUCCCGCGUUUUCUGAUGAUGGGAUACCCUCCGCUCGCACACCAGGUGUCAAUUCUUUACGUGAGGUAUUUAACAUCUCGUAUGCCGCUCACCGAAUGGAGCAAGAAAGAUUGCGGAAGCGUGGCUUCCGUGGUAAUCAAGGAAUGAUGAACUUUUACGACAAUAUGAAUGAAUUAAUAGAGGAAGAAGGUGAGUAUGAUUCUAGCACUUCUAAUGUUGAGCACGCCUUAAAACGAAUUAAUAUUGCAAAUUCUCCACACACACGAUCGCCAAAUCUGUCACCUCAACGAAAACCGCGUGAGAAUGGAUUUAAAGGAUUCCAAUUAAAUCUUUCUAAUGCUACCCUGUAUAACCGAAGACAUAAACCGAGAACUUCCAACCGCCAUAUAUAAGUUUUACUGUAUAUAUAUCAGGAUGCCGUCCUUUAAUCAUUUGACGUAUGAAACGUGUGCAGUAAAAUAAAUUUUUUUCCCUCGCACUAUUUAUUCUUUCGUUUUUUUUUAAUGAUUAAAUCUUUAUUUUAGGCUGGCGUACUUGAUGUGAAAAGUUAUUAAUGCUGUGGUGUUCAUUGGUGUUCUAUUUGUUCUUUUUUUGUUUUUAAAUAUGACCUCCCAAAAAAGAAGUUGCGACGACCAUUAAAUAAUCCGCUGAUGACCAAAAAUCCUUUUUGUUAAUAUAUCCAAUGCAAAAAUCUAUUUAUAACAGUUUAAUUGCAAAAGAUCAUAAUUUAUAAAUUCUCGGCUGAAGUAAGGGUUUAAAUGUAUGGACACGAUAAGUUUAGGCGAUUUCCUUUAAAAAAUACUUUACGAUUCGGCAUAAUGAUUGGAAAUUUAAGGCAAUGAAGUUGAAUCAGUUUUGCUGUGAUCUAAGAGGAUAUGUUUAUUUUUUACGAAUAGGGAAAUAUUUUUCUUUAACCCUUUUAUGGUGUACUUUCUAGUGUAAAAAAAAAAAAAAACCAAAAGGGAAAAAACUACGAUAUUACUCAAGAGUUUGUACCAAUUGAUUGUAUUUUCACGUUUAUUUUGGUCUUUGUUUAGGUGGCAUCGUAAAACAGCAUACUCGUUAGUGUUAUUAUAGCAAGU